AAGAAUCGGAAAUGCUAUAAAUAGAACGUGCGUGCGUCGACGUGCGACUCGCCGCGAAGAUCGCGAUAUCACGAGACGAUGACAUCGGCUAAGUCCACGACGAUGAUCGGAUUUUUAAUUCGAUAUUUAAAUAUCGAAUAUUCGAUAUUAUCGAACGGCGAUAAUAUCGAAUAUUCGAUAUUAUCGAAUGGCGAUAAACAUGUCUACUCUGGAGCGGAGCUACAUACAAAUUGCGAUGGCCCCGCGAUCAUUCGACAGCUGCUGCUACCUGGCGCACGCCGAGGAGGAUCCGCCGUCGGCGGUGGUCGGCGGCGGGCGGUGCGACGCGAGGCGCGUUUCCCGCCUAUGCAGGCAUCCACGAGGGAGUUAAUAAUAAAUGGUCGCGUCCGUCGCGCGCGGCAUCGCCGCGGUCUUUACGGGCAUCUUUACGGCGCGGUAUCUAGUCCACGCCGGGCAAUCAUCAACGCCUACGGCGACGAGCGGCGCGCGACUCUACGUGCCUCGUGAGCGGCGCUCGCUCGCAAACUCGCGCGCGACUCU